GAAUGACUCAAUUGUUAUAAUACAUUACAUUGAACCUUACAUAUUAUAUUAAUAUUAUAUCAAUGUCAUCGAUGUUGUUUUGACAUUAGGUUGACGCCAGGAUAUUUUUGAAGAAAUAUAUGUCUUAAUGUUUAUUUUGUAUUGUUUGAACAAAAAUGCCUUUGGCAAAAAAGAAUAUAAAUUUGUUUUUGUAUGUUUAUAAAUAUUGUAUUAUUAUAAUUUAUAUAUAAACUCUCCCUCUCUAUUUAGAGAAAUAUGUUUUAUAUAUACAUAUGUAUAAAUUCAAAUGCAUAACAUAAAUAUGCUAAUAUUCUUUAUACAAAUAUUUCUAAUUUUUAAAUUCAAAAGCUAUAUAUAAUAUUAUAAAAUCUUUACAUUUAAUAAUAUUCUCUAUUAUUGCUCUCAAAUGUGUAAAUAAGAUAUGUAAUAAAAUAAGAGAGACAGAAACACAAACUAAAUUAUAAAUAAUUAUAUUUUUAUUUUCCAUAGAAUAAUAUAUUUGAUGUCAUAAUAGAGUCAUGUCAAAACAGAGUUUAUAGUCAUAAAUAAUAGUGAUAAUCAGAGAAUAUUAAUAGAAAGUCGCAUUUUUCACAGUUUCCGAGUUCCUAUUCCUUUAUUUUUAUGAAAUAAGAGUUUGCUUGCAAUGACCUUUGCUUGCAAUGACCUUUGCUUGCAAUGACCUUUGCUUGCAAUGACCUUUGCAUGAUAAAAGUAUUAAAUUGAUAAACACUCUUCAGUUUUCUCAGUUCUGAAACUAUAUUCUUCCAAUGCGAAAGACAGUUAGUUUAAUUUAUUAUCCCUACUUUAUUAUCUAUAAUAUAUACCCUAAUUUAUUAACUAUAAUUGUUAGAAAUAUAUCGGAUAAAUAUUAUAUUCAAGUAUAUUAAUGAUCAUAUUAAUAAUGCCGAUAAGCCGAAAUGUAUCGGUUACAUUGCGAAAACUUAUUACCGACUUAUCUUGUUCAGCUAAAAAUUUACAUUCUUCUUGCCGCCAAUAUUUGUAUAAUAAUCCUUCAUCUUUUGUUUUCAAUUUUUUUUCAGAAUGGCUUCAGUAAAAAUAGCUUAUACUUUGUACGAAUCAGUAAAGAAACAUGGGUGGAAUCAAACUGCAGAGCAACCCAUUAUAAUAAUGCAUUGCCUCUUUAGUUCGAAAAACAAUUGGGAUAUACUAUCGAAAACAAUUCAUCAAAAAACCAAGCGCAAGGUCAUAGCAAUAGAUGCUAGAAAUCAUGGUGAUUCUCCACAUACAUCAAACAUGUCUUAUAAGGAUAUGACAGAAGAUGUGAUACAGCUUUUGUAUAAUCUAAAGUUUGAGAAAGCUAUUCUACUUGGCCACAGUAUGGGUGCUUUGACCGCGAUGUAUGCUGCAUUAAAUUUUCCACAACAUGUCGAGAAAUUAGCAAUUAUUGAUAUGUCUCCCAUAAGAAGUCCCAGCUCUAGUCUCUUGCUGAUAAAGAAAAUCUUUGAAGCAAUGAGUGUAGCAACAGCAGAUGGAAGUCCUACUUUAUCAGAAGCACGUAAAAUAAUAGACCAACAGCUUGAAAAAUCUAUUAAAUCUAGUACAAUGCGUCAGUUCUUAAUAGCCAACUUGGUAGAAGUGGGCUUGGGAAAGUACAAAUGGCGUCUGAAUUUACCAGUAUUAAUGCAAACAUUCUCAACUAACAUAGCUGUAUUUCCCAAGAUAGAUUCAAAGAUCUAUGCAAAACCAACAUUAUUCAUAUGUGGUGCUAACAGUGAAUAUGUGCCUAUGGAAGAUCACGACGCGAUUAAAAAAUUAUUUCCCUUGGCAGAAUUUCGUUACAUAGAGGGUGCAAAUCAUUGGGUUCAUGUAGACAAACCUAUCGAUUUUAUCGAUGUUUUAACGAAUUUUAUAAAUCUGCCGGUCUUUUGAUGCUCAUAAAU